UCGGCAGAACAAAAUGAUCUGCAAGUGUUCCUGAAAUAAUAGAUGUUAAAAUGUUCUCCCUUUCAACACGUUAGCGACUGUAUACUCUCACGUAGCUAAAUGCACUGUUGAAUAGAAGCUUGCUCCGAGCGGAGGCGAUCCUGGGGAGUGUUGUUGUAGCUGUUAUAUCUUAGUGGAUUUUGCACGUUUGAGGAAAUAAAAUUCUGUGACCCGGUUGGAAAGUGUUCGAACUUUUCGAGGGAAGAUGAAGUUGGUCAAGUCAGCAUUCCUGCUGUUAUGUUUGAGCCUUUGGACCACCGAUGAAGCAUUUGGAAAGGACCUGCAAGCCGUGAAAGAGACUAGCAAGAAGGGAAAUGCCGGAGCAGGAACAUCAAAUCAGGUCAAAGCCUCAUGUGGUAGUACUGCUACCCUGGGGCCGGGACAGUCGGUUACCAUACAGUCCCAGAAUUAUCCGAGCCCUUAUUCUACCCCGCAGAAUUGCACUUGGCAUUAUACGGGUCAGUUAACGGAGUCCAAGAUGACGAUUGCCUGUGACGUUUUCGAGCUCAACAGCUGUGGGUUCUCCUUCGUCGAAGUUACUUACAAUGGCGCAGUCUCAAGGUACUGUGGAGUGCUUGCUGGACUCAAAGAGACAAGCACCUCGAAUGUGAUGUCAGUCAACUUCGUAGCCACGAACAAAGGAAAGAAGCAAAAGGGAUUCCAAUGCACAGUCACUGCUUCAGAUCCAAGCGUUACUCCGCCACCAACUCCCCCACCGUCUACCUCUUCCUGCCGCUGUGGCGUUGUUAACCGGAAUGCAAGGAUCGUGGGAGGCGUUGUGACAGAACUAUACGAGUACCCCUGGCAGGCAGCCAUAACUUCCAAAACAUCGAACCAACCAUUCUGCGGUGCCUCCAUCAUCGCCAGCGAAUGGAUCCUGACUGCAUCGCACUGUGUUUAUGGCACAAUGCCAGAUUCUAUCAACAUUGUAGUUGGAGAGUACGACUGGAGUCUGCCAGACGAGACGAACGAAGUUGUCUAUACAGUGAGCGCUAUUCAUAGGCACCCGCAAUUUGACACCAGUACCUUCGAUAACGACUUAGCACUCCUGAAGUUAUCGCAGCCAAUCGCCUUUCCCUCUGAUAACAAAAUCGCUCCUAUUUGUCUUCCGCCUCCAAGUUUGCUCUACGAAAAUGUUAGUGCCACAGUAACUGGCUGGGGAACCUUGUCGUCAGGAGGUCCUCAGCCUACUAUGCUGUAUGAAGUAGUUGUCCCAACAAUGACAAACGCAAAAUGUAACACAUUAUUGAGCAAUCAGGUUACUGCCAACAUGAUCUGCGCUGGAAUAGACGCGGGAGGAGUGGACUCUUGUCAGGGCGAUUCCGGAGGACCAAUGGUGACUAACAGUCAGAGUGGAACCUACAUGGAGCUGAUUGGAGUCGUCUCUUGGGGUUAUGGAUGUGCUGAGCCCAACAAACCAGGAGUUUACGCUCGAGUCAACAAGUUCCUGACCUGGAUAAAUAGUACCACUGGAGCUGCUAGCGGAUGCCCUCAUCCUUAGAAAGAGCGUUUCAUCUUCACUGAAUAAAGUCAAUGGAACUAAUGUGAUGAUAUUGAUUAUUAAAUAUUUUUUGAGUUACGCAUCUUUACAUUAGCAACUAAAUUUUUUAAAGUUUUCUGUUUAACAGAACCUGGUAACCAGAAUUAAAAUAUUAUGCUCCAAAAACUGUAAUUUUGAUUGAUUAAAACAACUUUAAAAAAUAUCUCAUAUUUCGUUAAAAUUUGAUCCCUUACUGAAGUCUUAGCGUUCUGACAUAUAUCUGUGACAUAAAAAGACAAUUUAACAAUGCGGUGCUUAUUUGCUUUUACAGGAAUUCUAUCAUGUACUGUCGGCCAACGAAGAAUUGGCGUAGUUUCUUAAUUCAUUGUUCGCUAUGGAAAUAUUGCCAUAUGCAGAUGCCAGAUUACUUACU